UUUUUGGAAAUCAAUGAUCACAAAAUGACAACCUUGAGUAAACUGAAUGGUUCUGGAAGAAAUGGACAAAUAUGCACACUCUGUGAAGAUUUUGCUAGUCAGACUUUAUCUUAUCUUAGUGAUAAUGAAACUCAGAUUAUGAUCAUCAAUGGCCUCCAUCAUGUUUGUUCCAAGCUUUACUCUCUCAAGCAUCAGUGUCUUGAGUUGGUGGAUUACUAUGUACCCAUGUUCUUUGUCAUGGUUAGUCAGAUACAACCAAAGGAAUUCUGUGAAGAAGUCAAGCUCUGUGAGAUUAUGACUUCUUUGCGCCUUCCAAAUCAUGAUGGCCCCUGCAAAAUUUGCCAUAAUCUUGUUGUUGAAGUUCUUACCAAACUGACAGAUCCUGACAUACAGCUGGAGAUAAUUGAGGUGCUUCUGAAGGCAUGCAGCAAAAUGGAUAAUUAUGCACAAGAGUGCAAGAAGAUCGCCUUCCACUACGGUCCAUUGAUAUUGUUUGAUAUCGAAAUAUCUGGAGACAACGGACGUCUGUGCUGCUAUUCAUCAAAUGAAUUGGAUGUUGUAAUUGUUAAUGUGACACAAAAUGUUCCACAGUUAAUCUCUGUUUGUGGACAAAGUUCUUGUGUUGUUGGAGAAUAA